AUGGCAGGACCAGCACUUCAACUAUUCCCUCCACCUCGUGCUCCAAGACAGACGAGUCCCAAUCGGAGACCAUCUCCACACGCAAAACCAAUAAGUCCAGAGCCAUUGGUACCUGAGAGUGUAGUGAGCACCAAAUCUCCGGUUGACCUCCACGGACUCCUUAUACAGGUCAACUCUGUUCCGGUCUCUCCAUCUAACCCAAUGGCGCCCCCACCGGCCAUCGCAGCUCCACCAAGAGCGCAUAUGCCCAACUCGCAGGCUACAAGAACAGAAACACCAACGGGCAGACUACACUUCGAACCACCUCCUCAGCAAGCCGCCUCCCCACAACUUGAACGUCAAGAAAGCUUUUACCGCACACAAGAACGUUCUGGGCAUGACCAGACCAGCGACCAGCAACGUACCACUAGUCCAGAUCCAACUCGCGCCAUCUCACCAGCAUUCUCUGAAGCCCAGACUCUGGUUCGAGCGAACAGCUCUGCCACACGAUGCAUAUCGCCGCAAGAAGAGAUCCCGAUGCGAUCAAUGUUCCCCGUUUAUGAUCCUACAGUCCCUCUCGGACGUCAACCAUACCAACCAACACAAGCAUCACCAACACAGAUACCCCGAACGCAGAUCAGUCGAUCGCCAUAUUCUUCUGAAUCGUAUGUUCCACAUAGCAACGUUCGGUCGAGCAACUCGUCAGCCCCUCCUCCACCAAAGCCCUUCUUUACGCCAUCCAACCUGCUCGACAAUCUCUGGACAGCUACCAAUGGACAAGAAGAGCCAAAUGUUCAGAUAUAUACAUUGAGGAUGCAUCGAGCAACAGCCUCAAAUCCGACGAUUACAUUUGGUACUACGCCAUCCUUACCGUUCUACUCUGUAGCACAGUCGAAUCUUGCUGGCAACCACGAAAUACCCAGCAUCUUGAACGAAGUGCUCAUUCAACGACACCAUCCCACUCAGCCGCGAGUUCUGCCCAUUGCCCACCUCGAUCUCAUCGCGCCCCCUUCAUUAGAUAACGGGGCUUUUAGUCCACAGCAGCAAGAGGAUACCACCAUGCUUACUAGCAUAUAUCCCAAGCUUGCCGCUCUUCAGGCACUUGAUGCGGCUGCUAACUCUCCUGCUGCCUCACGCAUCGCCCUCUCGGAUCCUGGUGCGCAGUCACCCGCUGCGCAACGGCUGGCUGAGGACGUCCUGGCAGGCACUGCCCAGCGUGAGUGUUGCGCUCUUGCCUGGACAAGGGAUAAUCCUCAACAACAAGCGAAUCCUUGGGCGCAACAUAUGCCGUCAGAAGGGUCGUACCAGCUGCAUCAUCCGACGUUGGGCACGUUUCCUAUCUCCUUAGAAGGCGACUGCUCUGUCAUCAACGCACCUUCGACAAGACCUAUUACAGCGUUCUACGGACAUAACAUGCCCAUGACACCACAAAGUACAGGACGGAAGCCGGCUUGUAUCACUGUACUAAAUCCUUACGUUCUUUCUCCAACGACACCACGGACAAAUGCCUUCUCCCCACUGCCACCGCCCCCGCGGUUAGAUGGUAUGAACCGACCAACGUCCAUGACUCCUUCUGAAAUGUCGGUUGGCCAACUUCCUACAACCACAGACGCGACUGCGGAUGACGCCAUGCUCGCACGUCUCGAUUUCACCAACGACGCUCUUAUCCUCAAUCUUGGUGCCUUGACACGUUUUGGUAACCCCUUCCUGGUUGACGUUGUAACCUCUACGCUCCUGGCGGUUGCAGUGGCGGAAGCUACGCGCGGUCGCAAGACACGUAAUCGAAGUCAAGAGAACUUCGAGCCACCACCACCGAGUUUCACCCUGACACACCAAAAGGAAGAUACGGCGAAAGCGUUCAAAGAUUCCUUCGUCGAGGGCUUCCAAGGUAUCGGCGGAAAGUCGCGACCACCACUCUCCGGUAAAGGGCUGAAGAAGUUUGCCUCCAGCCUGAAAAGUACAACAACGACUCGUAGCGAGAGUGCAAAUGGAAGCUUCGACAAGGACAUUGAGCUCGGAGAGUGGUACGGACAAGACAAGCACACCAAAGCGAAGGAAACAAAAUCCGAGAAGAAGGCGAAGAAGGCGAGUGCUGAUGAUGAAAGUAAACUACCGCUUCUUGCCCGCACAGUCAUUACAGUGUUGACGUUUGCAUUCAAGACUGUGGUGUUUGUACUGAAGAUAGCCUUUAAGAUUGUUGCGGGCGUCGUCGUUAUGAUUACGAGAAAUUUUAGCAAAUUGUGA